AUGGCAGCCAACGUCCCCGACCCAUCACGGAUCCUCAGCAUUCAAAGCCACGUAGUAUCCGGCUACGUCGGCAACCGAUCGGCCACCUUCCCGCUUCAGCUCCUCGGUUGGGACGUCGACGUGACCAACACGGUCCAGUUCAGCAACCAUACGGGGUACGGACGCUGGGGUGGGCUGCGAUUCGAUGCCGAACACCUGCAGGACAUUUUUGACGGUCUGGACAAGAACGGGUUGUUGCGCUACUCCCGGAUGCUCACCGGCUACAUGCCAUCCGCUGCAGUGGUGCAGACGGUGUUGUCGCUAGUCAAGAAGCUUCGCGCGAGGGAGGGUGGAGAGGAAGGCGGUCUGAUCUAUCUGCUGGAUCCAGUGAUGGGCGAUAUGGGUCGAGGGAUGUACGUGGCCCCGGAAGUGCUGCCCAUCUAUCAAGAGAUGCUGCAGUAUUCGACCAUCAUCACGCCCAACCAGUUCGAAGCGCAGGCGCUCACCGGCAUAGACAUCGUCGACCUCGUCUCGCUCAAAAAGGUCAUCUUGACGCUGCACAAGAAGCAUAAGGUGCCACAUGUGAUCAUUACGUCAGUGGAGCUGCCCGAUGCGGAUCUUGCAGCGAUAGGUGCGCAGAAGACGUUGGCAGAUGGCCGGCCAGCCAUGCUCCAGGUCGGCUCGAGCUGCGAGAUCCACCUUGAGGCGGGCGAGAGGCAGGAACCGAAUUUGGAAGAGGAGAAUCUGCAGGUGUGGUCCAUCCAAUUCCCGGAAGUGCAGGGCUACUUUUCGGGUGUAGGGGACAUGUUCGCUGCUCUUACUCUCGGACGCUUCCACCGAGAAGGCCAGAUGGCAUCACAGGCGAAUGGGGCGACAAAGGAUCUGACACCCAUCGCAAAGGCAAGCGAGCUGGCCAUCGCCAGUCUGCAAGGCAUCCUCAGCAACACGUGCAAGGUCAUUGACCAGAUCGAGAAGGAUCUGCCGGACUCGACAGGGAAAGAUGAAGCGCAGGAGAAGGUGGAUAGGAUGCGAAGGAGAGAGUUGAGGGUGGUGCAGAGUAAGAAGGAGAUCGAGUCGCCGAUGAUUGUGUAUCGCGCGAGGUGGAUUGGAAGCUGA